AUGCAACAGAGAAGAGAACAGCGAGAACAGCAAGAUCGACUCGUGGACACUUCGUUAUGUAAAAGAUAAUACAAUUUCUACUCUGUUUAAAUUAUUAUUCCUUGAUAUUCGUUCUCAUUAGUACCGAAACGAAUCAUAACAUUCUACAAAAGUGAAAUACAGAAGACAUGAUACACAAAUCAAUUCAUAAACAGUAGAUAAUACUCAGUCCCAAUCCGAAAAAAGUGAAUGUUCAAAGGGGAUUGACAUCUGACGGGGACCAAUCGUGAAACGGCAUUUAGUGGGCCUCUCUUCCAGUUCACACGAGUUUCCACUUACUAAGCGGCCUCGAUUAUUGGAAGUAUUCACACAAGCAAGAGUGACGAAAGCAGACCAAGAUGACUGGCGUUUCGAAAGAAAAAGUAAUAAGAGUCGGGUCCCGUAAAAGCGAGUUGGCGCUAAUUCAAACUAAACAUGUGAUUGCAUGCUUACAAAAGUUAAAUCCUGAUGUAUUGUACGAAAUUCAUACAAUGACUACAGUUGGCGACAGGGUACUCAAUAAAUCCCUACCGAAAAUUGGCGAAAAGUCGCUGUUUACGAAAGACUUGGAGGACGCCCUACGAAAUGGUGGGGUGGACUUUGUCGUGCAUUCCCUGAAAGAUCUCCCGACAUCACUGCCGAUCGGGAUGGCUAUCGGAGCCGUUUUAGAACGGGAGGAUCCUCGCGAUGCAUUGGUACUCAAUGAAAAGUAUCGCGGAAAAACAUUGUCUACGUUGCCGAAAGGCUCCAUCAUUGGGACAUCAUCUCUACGCAGAUCUGCUCAGUUGGCGAGGCUGCAUCCUCAUUUAGUCGUUUGUGACAUUCGAGGGAAUCUGAAUACUCGUUUGGCAAAGUUGGACGCCGACGGGUCCAAGUUUGCCGGAAUUGUUUUGGCCCAAGCAGGGCUUGUUCGAAUGGGAUGGGAAAAACGAGUUGACCAGGUAAUUGAGCCCACCGAGAUUCUGUAUGCCGUAGGCCAAGGCGCUUUGGCUGUAGAGUGUCGUUCCAACGAUGAGUUCAUACUCGAUAUGCUUUCAAAACUGUGCCACGUGGAUACUCAAUGUCGGAUUUUGGUGGAAAGAAGUUUCCUUAAAACAUUGGGAGGAGGAUGCAGCGCUCCGGUUGCAGUGUGUACAAAUUUAAAACGUAAGCAUGACUCAAAUCUCAACUACCUCAACAUACAAGGUGCCGUGUGGAGCUUGGAUGGCAAAACAGAAAUUCGAGCCGAUGACGGGUACUCUCUGGAGCUAAAGCAUGUGCAAUUAGACAUUGACAAUGGAAAUGAAGUACCAGCAAAGAGGAGCAAAACGGAGGAUGACGUGGAUAAUGCGCUUCACAUUCAGACUGAGGCAGACUUGAUCACUACUAAUGUAAAGCGUAAGAGUCCGGAAAUAGUGGACGAAUCCUUGCAGCCAGGAUGCUCAAAUUCUGCCAUCAAGUUAAACAUGACCAAAUUCAUGGAUGUCCAUGGAGAAAUGUUUAAAAAAUGUCCGUAUUCGGGACAGUUGCAAAGCGCUGCGGAGGUCAAGAAAGUCUCCGAGCAAGGCCAAGGUGAUGGUUACUCUCCGGAAUGUCCUAGCGGUACGUUUCCCGUAGGGGUUGAUUUUAUGGGCGAUUGUCCAUACGUCAGUACCGAGCAAAAGGUUGAGCAGACGGCUCAGACUGGAAUGCUUUGUCCCAUAAGCGGUAAACUAGCAAUCGAGACGCAAGAUCACCCUACAACGGAAAAGUGUCCCUUUUUGGCACAAGCAAAGGUUCUCGAUUACAACGAGAAUGUCCAACGUGAAGCACCUACGUUGGAAGACAACAGCGAGCAACUGUUUUGUGGCAUGCAUCGUCACGAUGACGUGGAGAAAACAACGUUCGAAGCGUGCGAGAAACUGGGCCAUCAAUUGGCCAAGUUUCUGAUUUCGAAAGGAGCUCUGGAAGUAAUGAAGUGUGCCCAAAAUGAAAUUCACUCAAAAGCCUAGGCGUGAAGUAAGUGCCCCUGUAGAUUCUCUCUCGCGGUGGAAAAUAAUUCCAUAGGUCUAAUUUGGUAGAGUAGAUUGUUAUUGGUUUGGGUGGAUAUUUUUGUACAAUAAACCAGUUUAAAAGGUGAAAAUAA